UCUCUCCAAUUUCAAUUCUAUGGGCCCCAAUUCUAUGACACCAAACACACCUUACUAAGACGCUGUUUCAGUUUCAGUGAGGAGGGAAACAACAACAAUAAUAGGAGUUCCAAGGUUGAAGAAGGAAAGGCUUUUGCCGAAGAAGGGGACAAUAAGGAGGGCAAGAAGUUGGAGGUGAGCGGAAUGGAGGAGGAGAAUAUGAAAUUAUUGGAGAAUAAUGGGCAAGAAGAUGUUGGCAAGAAUGAGUUUAGGGAGAAUGGAGAGUUGGGGAACAAGGAAUUGAAUUUGGAGAAGGGUAAGGAAGAAGGGGCAGAGGAGGAGAGGAGGGAGAAUAAAGAAGGAAAAGUGAGUGAUGAGGGGGAGGAAGGAAAGGGGGAUUGUGAUGGAAGAAGGCGUUAUGCAAGCCAGAGGAAAUCGAGUGUGGAGGCGAGGUUAAAGUUGGUGAGAAUGAUUAUAGAGGAGGAAGAGUCGGAGGAAGGGGAAAAGAGCAGAAGAAAGUGGAGAAGACGACCCAAGGGGAAGAAGGAAGUUGGUAGUGAAUCAGAAGGGCAUCAGGAAGAUGUGAAAGGAGAAAGCAAGAAGAGAAGGCAAGGGAGGAGGCCGUCUAAUGCUGCAGUAGAGAAAGGAGGAGAGGAGAAUGGUGGGAGUGGUGGUGAAUUAAUGAGGGGAGAGGAAAAGGAGCAGGGGGAAACUGAGAAGAAAAAGGGAGGAAAAAAGCGGCACAAAAACAAAGGAGGAGGAGCUGGAGAAGAAGGAAAGGGAGAGAAGGAAGAGAAACUGGUGACGUGGGACGUAGCUAAACCGAAGAGAGUGCUCAAGGAUGAGAAUGGUAUCUUAAUUGAGUCCAAUAUGUGUCAUCAGUGCCAGAGAAGUGACAAAGAAGAGGUUAUUCGCUGUACCAUGUGUAAGACGAAGAGAUAUUGUACUCCCUGCAUAAAUUCUUGGUACCCUGGUGUUCCACAAGAGGCUUUUGUGGAGUCAUGUCCUGUUUGUCGGAAGAAUUGCAACUGCAAAGCCUGUUUACGCAUGGAGAUGCCAAUAAAAGACAAGGAGAAAUUAGAACUGGAAUUCAGUGCUGCAGAAAAGGUUGAGUACUCAAAGUAUAUCCUACAACUGCUUCUGCCAUACCUGAAACAAUUAAAUGAGGAACAGAUGAUGGAGAAGGAGAUAGAGGCAAAGCUCAAAUAUUUGUCAGUGUCAGAGAUCAAGGUAGAGAGAGGAAGCUGUGAGGAUAGUGAGAGAAUUUUUUGCAACAACUGCAAAACUUCUAUUGUUGACUACCACCGAAGCUGCCCCAAUUGCUCUUAUGACCUUUGUCUUCGUUGUUGUCGAGAGCUUAGGGAUGGCUGUCUGCAAGGGAGUGAUAAGGGAAGGACUGCAGAAUUUAUUGAUCCGGGGCCAGAUUACUUGCAUGGUGGUGAGACAUGUCAUGCUAAGGGUUCAACUAAGAGCAGAAUGUGUGUUAGAUGGUCCCAAACUGAAACUGAUACAGAGAUGAUUUGUGAUGCACAAAUUGAGAACGCUUCUGUGGAUGAUGUGGACAUAGUUAGCCAAUGGAAAUCCAGUAAAGAUGGUAGCAUUCCCUGCCCUCCCUCCAAACUGGGUGGCUGUAGUCAGGGAUUUUUGGAACUCAAGUGCUUGAUUUCAGAGAUUGAGAUUUCUGAGUUGCUUGUGAGGGCAGAGAAAAUGAUAAAAGAAUUCAAACUUGAAGAUGCUCCUGAAAUUUCUAAGAAGUUGUGUUCGUGUUCAAAAUCUGCAGAUGGACUUAAUGUUAGCUGUGGUAACUUGCGUAAAGCAGCUUCUCGUGAAGAUUCUCAGGACAACUUUUUGUACUGUCCAAAAGCUGUUGAACUUCAGCCUGAGGAUCUGAAGCAUUUUCAAUGGCAUUGGAUGAAAGGUGAACCUGCGAUUGUCAGGAAUGUUCUUGAUACAACAUUGGGUUUGAGCUGGGAACCAAUGGUGAUGUGGCGUGCUUUUCGCCAGAUUAAAAAUGUUAAUCAUCCAAUUCUUUUGAAUGUAAAUGCUAUAAGUUGCUUAGAUUGGUGUGAGGUUGAUAUUAAUGUACACCAGUUCUUUCGAGGUUAUUCCAUGGGUAACUUUGACAGUUAUGGAUGGCCACAGAUUUUAAAGUUGAAAGAUUGGCCUCCAUCUAGUUUAUUUGAGGAGCGGUUACCUCGUCAUAAUGCUGAGUUUAUUAAUUGCUUGCCUUUUAAGGUUUAUACUCAUCCACGUGGUGGGUAUUUAAAUCUUGCUGUCAAGCUUCCAAAGAAUUGCUUGAAGCCAGACAUGGGGCCAAAAACAUAUAUUGCAUAUGGAUAUGCUGAGGAACUUGGACGUGCAGACUCUGUUACCAAGCUUCACUGUGAUAUGUCUGAUGCGGUGAAUGUGCUGACACAUACUGAAGGUGUUGUCCUAAAACCUGAAGAGCUUUUGAAAAUUGAAAAAUUGAAACAGAAGCACUCUGCACAGGAUGAAAGAGAGCUAAGCAGAUAUGGAAAGACAUCUCAUCAUAUAUUUGACAUGCAGGAUGAGGCUGAAGGGAAAAUUUCUGUAAGCAACUGUUUGAGGAUUCCGCAGAGGGUGGGGAUUGAUGUUUUGGAAUUGAAUUCUGAAACCAAAGAACUCAAAGUAUCUGAUCAGGUUGGGGGAGGCUCGCAAACUAUGUUUGAGAAGGGAGGGAGGAAGAAUGGAGAUAAUGGAGAAGUUAACCAUGAGACUAUGCAUAUUGAUACUAGUGCUAGUGGCAAUGGUGUGAAGGAAGGUGGUAAAAGGAAGAGAGGAAGAAAAAAAGGAGAGAAGAAUAAAGCUGAAAACAUUGAGAGAAAUAGUCUGAUUGAUGCUGAAAAUGUUGAUCAAGAAAAUGGAAGAUCUUACAUCUCACUGGAAGUUCAGAGAAGUCAUGAUACUGAGCUUGAAUUUGUUGAUGUGCAAAAUAGAGUUGAAUGUAAUGAAACAAGUAUAGAUGGAAAAUUGGAUGAAAGGAAGGGGGUAGACGUUGUUGAAGUCUUAAGAAACAAUGUUGAAGGGUUUGCGGACAUGGAUAGUGGUGCUUUGUGGGACAUAUUCAGGAGGCAGGAUGUGCCUAAAUUAGAACAGUAUCUCAUGAAACACUAUAAGGAAUUCAGACAUGUUUAUUGUCGUCCACUAGAACAGGUGGUUCACCCAAUACAUGAUCAAAGUAUAUACUUAACUAUGGAACAUAAGAGGAGGCUCAAAGAGGAAUAUGGUAUUGAACCAUGGACUUUUGUUCAAAAACUGGGCGAUGCUGUUUUCAUUCCUGCUGGCUGUCCUCACCAAGUCAGAAAUUUGAAGAAUGGAUGGUUUGGCAUUGGUGAGAGAGGUUUUUUGAGGAGAAGAUACCUUACAACUUGAACUUGUUUUCUAAAGGUGGUGGUCUUCUUUUUUCUCCCAUCUGUGAUCUUUUAGGCUGUUUUUUUUAUUCAUUUUAGCAUGUAUUUUAGAUGGUGCUGUGGUCUUCUCAUGUUGUAGAUGCGUGGUGACAUUGUAAAGUGUUUUAGUUGCCAGGCAUGAUGGCAGUUCUUUUUUU